AUGACUUGCCACAGGCUAAUCUCAUCCCGUGACAACGAGGGCCGGAGAGCGAAGCGGGCAAUGAUUGGCAUUCGGGCGGUGGCAGAUGAUGACCUCCCGAAUCUGCCCUCGCUAGCUAAAUCUGGCCUGACUGUUGCUGUCGAUUUUGCACUGCCUGCAGCUAGGUUUGUUGAAGUUGCUUGUUCUACCCAUGUGCAGAUAGUCGGAUGCCCCUCCGCAGUCCCAGGCUGCGCAAGUGCGGGUGUAGGAGACACGCAGUCGACGUUGCACAUGACUCUCAUUGACCCGGUCCAUCCUUCCCCGCCAGAACGAGCAAAUCAAUCGCCGUGGGUCACAUGA